UUCAGUCGGCUGAAUACCGCAAGGCAAGCGCCAUCGCCGCGGCGAAAAAGUUUGCUAACUGACAUAAAAAACGAUUUUGGCGGGAAAUAACAUGACUUGAUCAGAGUGAUAAUUCGUGUUUAGUUUUAGUGAUUAGUGUUUGUGUUCAUUUAGCGUUAGUUUUCGUAUGCGAAUUCAGUUAGACAAAUAAAAACAAUCUCUAGUUUGUAAACAAACGUGAACUUAGCCGAGAAGUAAUUAGUGAACGAGCUCUGGCACCCGUCCAAAAUGAAUUUGAUGUUUCGGAAGAACUUCAGCACUGAGAAGACGGCGUCGACUGGUGGGGGAGGGGGGAAAGCAAAGGGUGCGCUCGGAGCCGGCCGUAACGCUAAACGCAGGGAUAGAGACAGAUUUUCGUGUAUGGAGGAGCAUCACUACAGGACCCAUUUGUUUUUCUCGGCGCCAAGGCCCAGUACCCAGUACAACGAUGGUUCAGGUAACUCAGGAAAAAGAUGUGGGCCUGUGAUUGGAGGUGGUACUGGGCCAGAGCUGGAGCCGCCGCAGCCACUCGUCACCAGGGAACCCUCGGUGUCGCUGAUGCGAUGGGAUCGACCGACGUCGACGGAAAAACGGCGGACGGAACCUGUGUCGCUGGCGACGCUGGAGAAAGAUUGCUUUGUGAUUCCUGCCCACGCCCUGGCGCGGUUCCUACCUGAUGGUGUACCGUUACCAGUGCCACCACCAACACCAGAAAAGGGUCUGGCAACAAAAAAUCAAGGCUCCCUCAGUGUUCUCGAAGUUGCCGACCCAAAAUUAUGUAUAUUGGCUCACCUAAUGAGCCCCCUAGAACCUAUAGAGCCUAUCUUAGAGUCUCCACUUGCCAAACCCAUAAUAAAACAGAAAACUGCCGCAGGAGAAUUGCUCAAUGAUGUCGCCCAAGCGAAUACUGCUGUAGGCGGAAUGCUUUUAGCUAACAUGGAGAAGAAUGCAGAAUUUCCUUUCAUAUCAUACUAUGUUAUAAACACAACACAAACAGAUCCAUUAUUGUUUUAUAAUAAUAUGCGUUCUGCGUCGCUUACUAAAUUUGAUCCGAAGACCAUAAGGUAUUCUGCUGCCCACACGCUUGAUUUGUACAGUGAAGUCGCCAUGAUAUGUCGACCGCCGUUUAGCGAUCUGGCCGGGGGACCCAAGAAGUCUCAUACGCCAACUACAGGAUUCAUUAUUAGUGUUUAUAAGGUUUUUGAAGGUGACGACGGAGAACGCUUCGAAAGGAACUGGCUCUACUGGACCGGAGCGAGGAUGCUGUACCGUCACCUUCCUCACACUGUUGGCAUGAAGAAGAUCGCCUUGCAUAAGUCUGUGGCAGCACACGGCGAUAAGAUGUAUCUACUAGUGUGCGAGUGUUCCAACUUACUUGAUGAUCUGUCCGGCGCUGCAAUGUUGAUCACGGCCUUAAGAGCCAGACUGUGCGGUUACACCGGCCUUUAUAGGCCUAUACAGACUUUCUAGCAGGACUGGCCAGGGCUUAAAUAGAUAUACCACGUUUGUAUGGGGUGGGAUUUAACAGUGGAAGAAUA